AUGCGCUACUCGACGCCCGUUUAUCCUUCCCCGACCGCCGUCCGUCCAAGCCCUUGCGACACCGGCAGGAUCGGUGCGCCGCCCAACCACACAUACAUACACAAGCUCGUUUUAGAGGCUUUGGAAUACACUCUCAACACCAGAGACAUUGGCAUGCAAGUUUCCAACAUGCUUGCGGAACCUCGGCCUGCGGGCGCACAACGCUGCCCUGAGGUGGAAGAGCUCCUAGCGGGCCGACACCACGACGCCAUGCAGAUGGAGUCUGGCUACGACAUGCUGCCCCAGAGAGAAGACUCUGGCAUCAUGGACGUCUACCCGAGCACCGAAACCGGCUCGGCGCACGACUCCCUGUCGCCCUCCAAGCAGACGCCCAAGAAGCACGUCAGCUUCGAGCUGCUGCUCCCCCAGUCGCCAGCACACAAGGCCCGGCUACCCAUGCGGGUCGACAUAUACCCGCACGACACCACAGACUCCAUCAUCACAACAGUCAAGAACUUCUACGGUCUGUACGAGCGUCGAGGCGUCAUCUUCGAGGACCGCCACGGCAACACGCUGAUUGCGCGCUUCGAGAACUUUGAACAUGGCAUGACCGUCUACGUCCGAGUCUCACCAGAGACUCUUGAUGCAGACGACUUCUCUCCUGAUCCGCGCCAGCAGACCAUCUCGCCCCGUCGCGCUCGACCCCACCUCGACGAGGCCUUCCAGAUGCUACCGCCGAUCCAGCAUCACCAAGGCUCGAGAGCGGGGUCCCGUCAUGCGCGCCAGAGCCACUCCCCACAUCGUGGUCGGAGGAGCGCGUCCAUCAACAAGCGCAUGCGCCCGUCUAUAAAGAGUCGCGGCAACAGCUCGCACGGAAGCUUCGCUGACGCCAAUGGCGACGGCUACAGCGACAGCGACGACGAGCAUGGCUCUGUCAGCAGCUCGCGACGCUCAAGGAAAGAGCCAUUGGCGAGCGCUGAGAUUAGCGUUGACAACAUUGUCGAGGGUGGCCGCCGAAAGCGUGCCAAAUUCGACAGCUCGGAGCUACCUCUGUUCGUACCGCCUCAAGUUCCCAUGAAUGCUUCACAGUCGUCCGUAUCCCCCCAGCGACGCAUCAGCGGAAACACUGCUGGCUCGCCAUACUCUGCCAACCAGCAGACAUUCUCAUACUCGCAUCCGCUGCCCUCCCCACAGAGCUACGGUCAGGGCGACAGUUCAUAUCUUCAGGGACUAGUCACACCAUACUCUGCGGCUAGUAGCCAGGCUCAGGGAUACAAGUCUCGCGCGCGUGGCUCAGCUCAGCACUCCCACUACCGCUACUCCGGCAGCGGUGGAGUCCUUCCUACCCCUGACACCACUCUUGCGAGUAUCAGCGUCAUCUCUGAUGAGGACGUCGCUCGUCAGCUCAUGCGCUUGGGUGAUGCGUCCAACUUCUCCGGCCACGGUCGCACGUCUACCUCUACGCUCGAUGAUGCCUUCAGCGGAAAAGCUGCGGCAUCCUCAAGUGACGAGAGCGCUGAUGGUAGCGAUGACGAGAGUGAGCUUCCUCCUCUCCCGUACAACAUGGCUCGUGCAAUGAACGACCAUACACGUGUCUACGACGAAGCCGAGAGCAGUGGUGAGGAUUAUGAAGACGACCGAGAUGGCUCCUUCAAGGGUGCCAGUGAUGAGAUGAUUGCCGAUGAACAUAACCACCGCGUGCACGCCGGUAUCAUCAAGGCUCGCUCCGUGUCGAGCAAGUCUGGCAAGUCUGGCAAGCCCCGUGCCACCUCAAAGAGCAAGUCCAAGGUCAACGGCACCACCAAGGCCCCAAUGUCACCGUCUUCCCUCCCCUCUCAGUCGCGCAAGGCUUCCAACGCAUCGCUGAACUUCCAGCAUCAGCUCGGCGUCGAUGAGGAGGAUCUCUCGAGUAAGCCACGCUGCCAGCGCUGCCGCAAGAGCAAGAAGGGCUGUGACCGUCAACGACCAUGCCAGCGCUGCAAAGACGCCGGCAUCGGUGCAGACGGAUGUGUCAGCGAAGACGAAGGCAACGGCAGGAAAGGUCGCUAUGGACGCCACAUGGGGGUCUCGGUCAAGAAGAACUCAGUCUCAUCGGCUACCUCCAUGGCGCCUCCCCCAAUGCACGACUACCACAUGCCGAUGCAAGACGCGUACUCCAUGAGCACAGCACUGGACAAGAGCAAGAAGCGCAAGAGGUAG